UUAGUUUUCAUGUCAGUUUGACGUUUACUUUGAAGAACUGAAUUAGUAAAUAAAAACAUAAAUUUUGUUCCUAUCAAACUAUUAUUAAGUUGACAAAAAGUUCUAACGACAAGAAAAAUGGCACAUUACAAAGGUGCAGCUAGCGAAGCUGGCAGAGCAAUGCAUCUCAUGAAGAAAAGGGAAAAGGAAAUGCAAGAUUUGGAAAUCAGAAAAAAGAAAAUAGAGGAUGAUUUGAAAAUAAACAAUAUUGAAACGAAAUUUGCAGCACAUUACGAUGCGGUGGAACAACAACUUAAGAGUUCAACUAUCGGUUUGGUCACCCUUGAUGAAAUGAAAGCAAAACAGCAGAAUAUACUGAAAGAACGUGAACAAAAAUUAGCUCUCAAAUUAGCAGAAAAAGAAAAGGAAAAGUUAAGGAAGCUCCAGGCUAAAGAAGCUGAAAGAAAUGAACGGAAGAAGCAGAUAAAACUAUUAUCAUUCGAUUUGGAAGACGAUGAUGAGGACAAUAAAGAAGAUGAUGAAGAAAGCACUGAUGAAAAACACAAAGAUGAAGACAAAACAGAAAAAAGGAAAGAUUGGAAAGAAACAGAAGAUGAAAGUAGGGCAUGGAAAAAAAUUCGGAAGGAUCCAACAGUAGAUACUAGCUUCUUACCAGAUCGAGAAAGAGAAGAAGCAGAAAAUAGGUUAAGAGAAGAAUUGAGGCAACAGUGGGUAGAGCAACAGAAAAAACUGAAGGAAGAAGAUAUUGAUGUAACAUUCAGCUAUUGGGAUGGGUCAGGGCAUCGAAGAACAGUGAGAGUUAAAAAAGGUAACUCCAUUUACCAAUUCCUUCAGAGAGCCUUAGAAUUGUUGAGAAAAGAGUUUAUGGAACUCAAAACAGUGAGAGCUGAUCAACUGAUGUAUGUUAAAGAAGAUCUGAUACUUCCACAUCACCAAACGUUUUAUGAUUUCAUUGUGACAAAAGCAAGAGGGAAAAGUGGUCCUCUAUUUCAAUUCGAUGUUCACGACGAUGUGAGAUUGCUGAAUGAUGCUUCAAUAGAAAAAGAGGAUUCACAUGCUGGCAAAGUGUUACUCAGAAGUUGGUAUGAGAGAAAUAAACACAUAUUUCCUGCAAACAGAUGGGAGCCUUACGAUCCAACCAAGUCAUAUGAGAAAUACACAAUUUCAGAUAAAAACAAAUGAUGUGUGGAAUCAAUUGAUGCAUUAGAGAAACUCAUUGUGUAGACUCUGUUAUUAAAAUAAAUAAUUGAGUUGGAAGUU